GCUAAAACCUUUCGUCCCGGGCCCUCUUUCCCCAUGGUCAUUGGUCGUCCUCGAGCCUUUGAGGAACCUGCUCGUUCUCCCUGUCUUGGCGAAACCCUAGAACACCUCUCUCUAUCUAUUUCUCUAUCCGAUGUAAAGAUGGUCGGGGUCUGACGCUUUUGAUCUGUUCAAUUCAAUCCUUCUUUCUCCAUUGUUGGAAAUGGGGAUUUCCUUCAAAGUGUCGAAGAAGGGAACUCGGUUCCGGCCAAAGCCGGCUCCAUUGGGAACUUCGGGCGGAGACGUAAGCGACCACUCGAAGGAGGGUGAUGAUCCGUACGUUCCUGAGAAAAGGCUGAAGACCGAGCUUCGUGCUUCUGAUGUAAAUGUUCCGAAUUCUGCCCAAUCAAUUUUAUCCAAUGGUUCUGAAAUCUGCCCAGCUGAUCCAGAGCAAGAAGUAUCCUUCUCCCUGAACCUUUUCCCAAAUGGAUUUUCCAUGGGGACACCAUCUGAGAAGGGAAAGCCUCUGCCCCUGCUUCAAGAUGCACCGAAAUUGCUUUAUCCUUAUAAUAGGGUCUGCGAGACUCUUUUCUCGGCAAUUGAGUGUGGAUUUUUGCCAGGUGACAUUUUGGACGACAUACCCUGCAAGUAUCUUGACGGAAAGCUUCUUUGUGAGGUACGAGAUUACCGUAAAUGUGUGACAACACCAGGAAAUUUUGUCUCUGGUGAUGGUUCUCCAAUUGUUCGGAGAGUGUGUCUGCGGAUGUCAACAGAAAAUGUUGUGAAGGACAUGCCAUCCAUCACAGCCACCUCGUGGAGUUAUGGUGAUCUACUGGAAGUCGAGUCUCGAAUAGUGAAAGCAUUGCAACCAGAACUCCAUCUGGAUCCUGUUCCAUUGUUGGACAGACUUAGUGCAGACCCAGCGAAAAACAAGCUGAAUCUAGGUAUGAGUUUGCAUCGGAAGAGAACACGGCAAGCACCUUCAGUUCAGGUUCUGUCUAACAAUCUAUCUCAUGGAAAGAAAGUAUCAAUAGAAAGGGUAGGCGAGAAUGAUAAAAAUCAGCUGGUACUGCCUUCAGUUGAUGCAGCUAUUCAACGUCCUCCCUACAAUGUUGCUGCACAAUCUCUUCCAUCACCUUCCUUUAGAAUCCAAAGCACUGGACAGGAUUUCUCUAGGCAGGCAAUGGGUGCGGCUUUGCAACCCAAGUACCAAACAAUGAUUAACAACUCCAAGAGUGGUCAUGAUCAGGCUUCAAAUGUUACUUCUCCAAAUGCCUCGGCAAUUAAUACUAAUUUCAUUCCAGGAACUGCACAGGACUUACAAAAUUCAUACAAAGAUCCAAGACCGUCUCUUGCAAAGAGGGAGGGUCAAGGUAUGCAGAUGCCAUCUAACUUUGAGAUAAAACGGCCAAGGCAGGAGCAACUUGGCUUAGAUGGGAUCCAUCCACAGCAUGCUGGUUUACAGAUGGACUACUCCCUGCUUGGGGCUGAUUCUUCAUGGAAGAGCACACUUCUGCAGCAACAGUUUGAGAGCAAAAGAAAUGCCAAUGUCACUAAUCAGAAGCAUCACCAACAGGCAGAAAAUGAUGCAAGACAAACAGUUCAAGGAAUUUCAAAGUCUGACGCGGGGCUCCCUUAUGUUGAUGAUAGGGGCCUGAGGUAUAAUGUGAAAGUGGAGCAACCUGAAGUUGUCAAGUUAGAAAAGCAAGAUGCUUUGAUGACUAAAGAUGAUCAAAGUACACUUGGAAUGUCACCUAGUCAUACAGACUCGCUGAUGCAGCCACAGCAGCAAGCGCAGCAAUCAUUCAUGAGAUUCUCUUCACAGUCACAGUGGCAUAAUCUUGGUAAUUUUAUAGAAAAAGACCAGAAAAAAGAGGAUGCUUUACAGAAGAGAAAGCAAGCACCAACUUCUCGUGUUUCUGGUGGUACAAUGGAAAACUCACCGGUGUCAUCUAAAUCUGGAGAAAUGUCUAGUGGUUCCUUAGGAGCACACUAUAACAUGAACACACAAAAGGAGAAAGCGUCGGAUACUGCAACUGGUGCAACCUCUGUCAGUUCUUGUCUUACUGAUGCUGGUAGACAUCAAAAUCCCAUGUCUGGGAAGAGAAAACAGGUUCCCCUUACACGAACCCCUGCAGUUGGGUCUCCUCCUUUUAAUGCAAAUAGUCCUUCUAUUGGGACUCCUCCUAUACCACCGUCAGGGCCAAAGCCUGAUCCAACAUUUAUAGAAAGAUUCUCAAAGCUUGAAGCGGUGGUUCAAAGAUACGGACUCCAUUGCAAAAAGAAUAAGGUUGAUGAAAUUCAUGAGAGGAAACCACUGUCACAUUCAGCGGAUCUUAUUGUUAUGCAUCUUUCAACGGCACAAAACAUCGAUGAUGUCAACGAUCCUAUGUGUACCAAGUCAUUGUCAAAAUCUCUGCUUGGAGGUAGCAUGAACUUAUGUAAAACAAGGAUCCUGGAUUGUGUUCGUCCUAAGCAGAUAGUUCACGCAAAUGGUAUGACUGUUGUUACAGUUCGAAACAAAUUACUCAUGUCCGAGAGGCACAAGGAUGGCAUGGUAGAAGCAGUGAUACAAUAUGGUAAUGAAGAGGAAAGCAGCGAUCUCCUCUCAUGUCCCCAGGAUGCUCUUCCCACAUUGCCCAACACGCAUUAUGCAGAUUUGUUUGCUGAACAAUAUGCUAAACUGAUGACUCAUGAUGGAUAUGAAGUCAGUGAUCAAAUACAAAACCGACCUGGAGGAACUCCAUCUGGUUCAACAUCUUCUGCUUCUCUGGGUGGUCCUGCACAUGAUAUGCCAUAUCAACAGCCUGUCUCAGGCCACACAGUGCCUUCAACGGGUAUAGUGGCUGGCAGCGUCCAGCCUAUGAACCCUUUACAAAUGCCCUCUCAGAACCUGCUACCAGGCUCAAGGAUGCAGCAUCCUGGAGUCGUCCAGCCCCCUCCAUCCCACAUGCAAUCGGGCUAUUUGCCAUCACAAGCAAGACAACAGCACUUGGACCCAACAUCACAUCUUGCUGCCGUUCAACCUCCCCAGUCACCUUUACAGCAGCAGCAGCACCAGUACUCACAACUGCAGAGAGCUGCUCUUGGCCAAAACAGUCCAUUGACACAGCUAAAUGCAGUUGGUUCACCUGUUGGUAAUCAAAUGGUCAGCAGUUCCAGCAAUCUGCAGCUUCAAUUGCUUCAGCAGCAACAUCAACAACAACAGCAGCAGCCACAACAACAGCAGCAGCAGCAGCCACAGAUGAGGAAGGUGAUGGGAGCGCUUCCUGGUAUGGGCAUGCCAAACAUGGGAAGUGGCAUGGUUAGUGGUCCUAUGCAACCAACUGGUGCCACUGGUGGCCUUGGAAAUUUUGUUGGACUUGGCGGAAUAGGCAUGGGCAUGGGGCAUAUGGGACCUAACAUGUCGGCACCAAUGGGCACCAUAUCUGGUUUGAGCAAUAUAAGUCAGAUGGGCUUAAAUCCUGCUUCCAAUGUCAGCAACGUCAUAAGCCAACAAAUGCGCUUAAACCCUGCCCAGGCCAGUACAAUGGUUGCAAAACUUAGGAUGAUGCAUCAGAAUAGAGGUCGAGGCAUGCUGGGGCCAACAUCCAUGAGGAGCCCUAUUGACAGUUUGGGUGGGAUUCCUGGCACCGGACCAAUGUCCGUGCUGGGGCAAACACUGAACAGAACCAGCAUGGGUUCCAUGCAACGAGCACCGAUGGCAGCUAUGGGCCCUCCAAAGAUGCCUGGGGCAAACUUUUACAUGAACCAGCAGCAGCAAUUUCAGCAGCAGCAGCAGCAACUGAGCUCACCCCUUCAACAGUCGCUAGUGGGUAGUGUUCAGCAGCAAGUUAGCUCGCCAUCGGGGCUUACCGUACAGCAGCAAAUAAACCCCCAGUCACAGCUCCAGCCACAGACACAGUCACACUCGCAACCUCAGCAGCAGAUUAGUCCUCAGCAGUUGAGCCAGCAGACUCCGUUGAGCCCACCACAGCAGCUGAGUACGGGAGCUGUCCAGCAGCUGGUUACUCAGCAGCAGAUGAAUGUGGCGGGACCUGGUACUGGCCCCGCAAGCCCGCAGCUGAGCUCACAGACCAUGGGAUCGGUGGGUAGUAUUACAAGUUCUCCUAUGGAUCUCCAAGGAGGGAGCAAAAGUAAUUCUAAUAUCAAUACUAAUUAGCUAGAGAGAGAUCUAGGACCAGAGCGAUACACUUCCUCAAGGCAGCUAAUGGUUGGUUUCUAGAUUCUAUGUAGACGAAGACAUUUUAUAGAUGUGGGAUAAGUAGGCUGUAAAUACGAGGCACGCAUUGUUUCGGUGAUCUAUAAUGCCAAAGCCAAAGCCAGGUGUACAGCUUCUCUCAGUUUUUUGAGAUUGAAAUGUGAUAUUGUAAUGUGAGGGAACUCCUCUGCGGUCAUGCAAAUGUUGUGAUUUGGUGUGGCCCAGAGCAUGCCCGGUUCCGUUUUCUGGUUCGGUGAUCGAAGCGGAUAACUGAGGGGCGAUGCCAAUCUGUCCAAGUCUCAGCCGCUCUCACUUUCGACCAUCUUUUCUGUGCUGGGGUCGGCGGUCCCUCCCCUUCUGUGACAGAGGACUUGUUUUGGUAAUGAAUACAAUAAAAUAAACAAAAGGGGAGAUGUUGGGCAGAAACUAUCCUCGUAGGCCUCUUACGAUCUUGAUCUUGUUAGCUAUCUUUGGCUGCUGGAGCCACACAAUUGCCCUCUACAUGUACAUAUGUCGUAGCUUAUACCGAAGAUGGUGAAUCAUUACCAUCAACUCAAGUUAUUGA